GGGGGUUUUAGAGGGAGGGGAACCGGGAGAAAGCGGGGGCGUGCUCAGGUGAACUAGGGUGUAUGGAGGGUUUGUAAGGCAAGGAUUUAGGCGUGUGGGUGUGUUGUGGUUUCCUGGGCUUUUCAGCAUGGAUUAUAAGGAAGAGGCUGACAGCAGAGACCCUUUUGGCGAGAUCAGGAAACCCCACCAGGGCAGAUCUCCUCACCGUUAUUCAAAGGAGGAGCUUUUGGACAUAAAAGAACUUCCACAUUCAAAAGAGAGACCCUCUUGUUUGCUUGACAAAUAUGACAGUGAUGGUGUGUGGGAUCCUGAAAAAUGGCAUUCUUCUCUCUACCCAAACUCGGGGCGUAGUUCUCCUGUUGAAGCUUUAAAGAAGGAUUCUGAUACAGAAAGGACUUCUCUUAAACGAAGGAUAGCUGACCCAAGGGAGCGUGUUAAAGAAGAUGAUCUUGAUGUAGUACUUAGCCCUCAAAGACGGAGUUUUGGAGGUGGAUGCCAUGUUAUAGCUGCUGCCAGUUCACGACGGUCAGGGAGUCCACUGGAUAACAAAGAAAAUGAAAGCAUGCGCAUGUUGGGGUCUCGCCGAAUUGGCAGCGGGAGAAUUAUGACUGCAAGAGGGUUUGACAGAGAUGUUCGAGGCGAUAGAGAACCCAGAGAGGGGCGAGACAGAGAAAAAGAAUACAAAGACAAACGCUUCAGGCGAGAGCAUGGAGACAGUAAACGUGUAUUUGGUGAGAGACGUAGAAAUGACUCUUGUACAGAGGAGGAACCAGAGUGGUUCUCUGGGGGUCCCACUAGCCAGUCGGAGACAAUUGAGCUUACUGGCUUUGAUGAUAAAAUCCUGGAAGAGGAUCACAAGGGCCGCAAGAGGACAAGAAAGCGGACAGGAAAGGAAGUAAUUGAAUGCAAUGGAGGAGUUUUGGAAGAAGAGGUAGCUCUUCCGCCUGAGCAUGCAGCAGACCAGGAAGUGCCUGAGGAAGCUGUAUUACCAGAACCAGCCCCAGGGGAAUUUGACUUCAAUGAAUUUUUCAAUCUGGAUAAGAGUGUGCCAGGACUGGCUUCGAUGAUAGAGGAUGUGCUUGGAGAAGGAUCAGUGUCUGCAAGCAGGUUUAGCAGAUGGUUUUCAAAUCACAGCCGCUCUGGAAGUCGGUCCAGCAGUCUAAGGUCCACCCCCCAUGAGGAGCUAGAAAGGUUGGCAGGCUUGGAACAAGUAAUUCCUGCCCUUGGGCAAAAUUCUGGAAACUACUUUGCCCCCAUUCAGUUUGAAGAGCGUUCUGACAAAGUAGACAUUCUGGAAAUCUUACACAAAGCCAAAGUUGACUUGAAACCAUUGCUCUCUAGCCUAACUGCCAAUAAGGAGAAGCUGCGAGAAAGGACGCACUCCGGGGUGGUCUUAUCUGUGGAAGAAGUUGAAGCUGGGUUUAAAGGAUUAAAAGUUGAACAGGAGGGAAAGGUUGCAACUCCAUACAUGGCUGAGCAGUUAGAAGAAGCUCUGACUGCAAUGGCUGGUCCAAGAAAAAUCCGGAAAGAUGGAGACAUGUCUGCUUUUAACAAACUUGUAAGCAGCAUGAAGGCAAGUGGGACUCUGCCUUCCCAACCUAAAGUCAAUAGGAAUCAAGAUGGUGCUGUGUUGUCCUCUUCUAAUGUAGCUACCCCUCCAUUGCAGAGAAAUAUACUGCAGGAACUUUUGGGGCAACCUAUUCCUGACUCAUCCUCUCAUGUACUAAGUAACCUCAUGGGGACUCUGGAUUCAGCUUCUCUGCUGCAGCAGAGAUCACCUUCUCCUCAAAUACCCCAGGUGUUCCCUACGCGUGCCUCCUCAGCAGACUAUUUGCGAAAUCGCAUACCCUCUCCAAAAGGCUUUCCUUCUGGCGCUUCACAAUUCCUUGGAGAGCAAUUUCCAACAGGUCUGCCCAAGGAAGAAGGCCCAAUGAUGGCACAGGUCAGUCCAUUGGAAAUGCAGCAAGCAGCAUUAGAUGGCUUUAUUCCAACUGAUAUUGCCCUCCAAGCUGCCAACUACUAUCACCCAGGUUAUGGAAAGAUGCAGAUGGAUAAAAGUCGGGAACAUUUUCGAAGUAGACCGCAGCCAAGAGUAAAUAAAUCUCCUGUAGCCAAUAUGCGGGGUGCCUCCUUAUCUCCAGGGCCUGGUGCCUCAGUGACCAGUAUGCUAUCUCCAUCCUUUACACCUACCUCAGUUAUCCGUAAAAUGUAUGAAAGCAAAGAAAAAAGCAAGGAUGAGACUGUAACAAAGCAGAAUGUCGGCGGGAAAGAAGAGGGACAUAGGACUCUAGAAGAUGGUUCUAUGCCCAAUUCCAUAACGCAUGAUUCUCCCCAAGAGACAUCCCCAGUGAUGGGAAACAAGGUUUCAACAUCUCAGCGUUCCUCAUGCACCCCACCACUGCCACAUCAAAACAGAUACACCAAAGACCAAGACUACCGUCCUAAAUCCACAGGGAGAAGAACUCCUACUGUGGCAUCCCCAGUGCCUGGAGCCUCCUUCUUACAGCCGCUUCACCAGCUGCCCAUUGUACCAGUUGUCCGACCAUCACACCAGCUACAUCCAGGGCUAGUACAAAGAAUGCUAGCACAAGGUGUUCCGCCUCAGCAUCUAUCACUUCUACAAGCAGGGCUGCUGCCGCCUGGUGUUGACCUGCCCCCCAUACAUGCUCUUUCUCAGUCGGUUCUUGGUCAACCUUUCUACCCAUUAUCACCUGCAGGGCACCCGCUUCUGAACCAGCGGCCUGCAAAUCCACUGCAGUUGGCAAUGAUGCAGCAAUCUAUGCAGAGACCUGGUUCGGGUCUACAUGCUCCUCCGCAAGGUAUGACAAACCGCCCCAACAUGCACAUUGAGCAGCGUCCUUCUCAGAGAAGUACUUCUCCUGUAGGCCUGGCCAAGUGGUUUGGUUCUGAUGUUUUGCAACAACCUCUACCUUCUAUGCCAGCAAAAGUCAUAAGUGUGGAUGAACUGGAGUACCGACAAUAAAGUUUGACUAGAACUGUCUUCAUGUUCCUAGUAGAUGAUGACUGACACUUCAUCCGAUGAACAACCUCAGACACAUCUGCCCAGCUAUUUAAUUUUUGGGUUAGAUAUUGAGCAGCCUUGUGCAGUGUCAGCCCAGAAACUGCAAGGAAAUUGGAGCUCCUUCUCACUUCGUAUCUAAGUCACGCUAGAAUCGGUGUGAAAAGCUACUAAAUACCUUGCCCUGAGACUCUUGGGGAGGGACUUUUUUCUGACAUUUUUUCCCUUUAAUUUAGAGUGCUGAGGGACAACAGGAACGUUUAGCAGAAGAUGAAUUCAAAAACUUUAUGUACAGUCUUGUAUAAAGUGUUGGGGUUUUUUUUUUUUUUCUUGUAUAUACUCACAAAUAGGUUAGUUUUUUUGUUGAAAACUGUAGCUGUACAGAAGAGGAAGCUGAAUCUUGUGCUGUUUUGCCACUUAAGUCAAAGCUACCCCUUUAAUUGUACAUGUGGCUUUUCUUUCAAUUAAAACUGCAUAUGCCAAUA